AUGGGAAACUGUUGCGGAACGGGAGGAACGUUGAUUGGAAAUGACAAGAACAAGAAAGGUUUUAAAAUUCCUUUCUCAAUCGAUUACGGUCACCGACACGAUGGAAAUAAGCUUGUGGUCCUUAAAGAACCAACGGGUCGAGAUAUCAAGCUGAAAUACAAAUUAGGUCGUGAGCUAGGUCGAGGUGAGUUUGGUGUCACGUAUCUAUGCACAGACAUCGAGACAGGAGAGGUUUUUGCGUGCAAAUCCAUCUUAAAGAAGAAGCUGAGAACAGCUGUGGAUAUAGAUGACGUUAGGAGGGAAGCUGAGAUCAUGAAGGUUAUGCCUGCGCAUCCAAACAUCGUCUCGUUGAAAGAGACAUACGAGGAUGAUAAAGCUGUUCAUUUGGUUAUGGAGCUUUGUGGUGGCGGUGAGCUUUUUGAUAGGAUUGUGGCUAGAGGGCAUUACACGGAGAGAGCUGCAGCUUCGGUUAUUAAGACAAUUAUGGAAGUCGUUCAGAUGUGCCAUAAGCAUGGAGUAAUGCAUAGAGACUUAAAACCUGAGAACUUCUUAUUUUCGAAUAAAAAGGAAACUGCACCUUUGAAAGCGAUUGAUUUUGGCCUCUCUAUUUUCUUUAAACCAGGUAACAAGUUUAACGAAAUCGUUGGGAGUCCUUACUACAUGGCUCCAGAGGUAUUAAAGCAGUGUUAUGGACCAGAGAUUGAUAUUUGGAGCGCAGGUGUAAUCCUUUACAUAUUGCUAAGUGGUGUUCCACCUUUUUGGGCAGAAACUGAUCAUGGAGUUGCAAAAGAAAUUCUUAAAUCUGUGAUUGAUUUUAGAAGAGACCCCUUGCCUAAAGUUUCUUCAAAUGCAAAAGAUCUUAUCAAGAGGAUGCUUCAUCCUGACCCAAAGCGUCGUCUUACAGCUCAACAAGUGCUUGGUAACAUCUUGUUUUCAUCAAAAUGUAAUUGUUUCUCAUCCUCAAAGAUUCAAUAUAUCAUCUUUUGGUCUAUAGAUCAUCCGUGGAUACAAGAUGGUAAGAAUGCUCCUAACGUAUCAUUGGGUGAAACCGUGAGAGCAAGGCUUAAGCAAUUCACAGUAAUGAACAAGCUCAAGAAAAGAGCACUCAGGGUAAUUGCUGAGCAUCUAUCAGUUGAAGAAGCAUCAGGAAUAAUAGAAAAAUUCCAAGUAAUGGACACUAACAAAAGAGGAAAGAUUACCAUUCAAGAGCUAAGACUCGGGUUUCGAAAACUCGGUAUUGUUGUUCCUCAAGAUGACAUUCAAAUCUUGAUGGACGCGGGAGAUGCUGAUAAAGAUGGAUAUAUAGACGUUAACGAGUUUGUAGCCAUAUCGGUACACAUCAGGAAAAUGAGCAAUGACGAGCAUUUAAAGAAAGCUUUUAAGUUCUUUGAUCAAGAUAAGAGUGGAUAUAUUGAAAUAGAUGAGUUACGAGAUGCCUUGGCAGAUGAGUUUGAUACCACUAGUGAAGAAGUUGUUGAAGCCAUUAUCUAUGAUGUUGAUACCAAUAAGGACGGAAGGAUAAGCUAUGAAGAGUUUGCAACGAUGAUGAAAACGGGAACGGAUUGGAGAAAAGCUUCGAGGCAGUACUCUAGGGAUCGGUUCAAGAAUCUUAGUCACAAACUGAUGCAAGAUGGGUCUUUGCUGUUUCAUGGAGAUACAAAUAGAGCUUGA